UCUAAGGACUAAGUUUAGGGGAUUACAUGUGCAUGCCAUAUUUGAAACUACUUCAAGAGCGUACUCAGCUCAAGAAUAUUAUUCUGCCAUGGCUGAAUUACAGAAAAUUAGCCCUGAAAUGACCACUUAUCUUUUGCAAGCAAAACCGGAAAAAUGGGCUCGACCAUUCUUUCCAACAAAAAGGUAUAACAUUCUUACAAGUAACAUUGCCGAAUCUAUAAAUGUAGCAAUUGUGCAUGCGAGAGAAUUGCCUAUAACGCCGUUAAUAGAAGCUAUAAGAGAGAUGCUUCAAAGAUGGUUUUCAACAAGAAAAGAAGCAGCAAUCACCCAAUUUAUUGAAGUGACAAAAUGGGCAAAUGAUGAAAUUGAGAUCAAACUUGAUGUGGCAUUUCGAAUGAAGGUAGAUGCAAUUGAUGCAAUGAAAUCUCGUGUCACAUAUGGUGAUCGAGUGUUUGUUGUCGACUUGGAACAAAAUAUGUGCACAUGUAAUGAAUUUCAACUAGAGGGAAUUCCAUGUGCACUUGCUAUUGCAAAAAUUGAAAGCAAGUACUCGGACAAGUACAAAUUUUGCUCAAAUUGGUAUAGAAAUUCUGUUUUGAAAGAGACAUAUGCAGGAUCAAUUAAUCCUCUUCCAGAUAAAGUUGAUUGGAGUGUCCCAGAUGAAAUUAAAGAAGAUAGCAUGAAAGCUCCCAAAUUCAAAGUAAAACGAGGACGUCAUAAGAAAAAAAGAAUUCCAUCAACAGGAGAAUUUUUCAAGCAUGUUCGAACAGUCAAGUGUGGAAAUUGUGGAAUAUUGGGACAUAAUAGAAAGAAUUGUAAAAUCCAACCAAUUCUAAAAGAAUGA